AUGGCCGCCGUAGCAUCGCAGCCGCCCUACGGUCAGCAGUACCAUCAACAACAGCAGCAGCAGCAACAACAACAAUCGUCUGCCGCCGCCGCAGCUGCCUCGCCGGCCACCGCUCGCCGCCCCUCGCGACGGUCCAGUAAUGGCGCGUCCCCCAACACGCCUUCCACGCCCCAGACUCACGACUCCGGCCUGAACACGUCCCGCGCGCAACCGACGUCCCACUCCUCGCACUCCUCGCCCGCCACCAAAAACAUGUCGGCCACUGCCACCACCGCCGGCGGCCCCAUGGCUCCUCCCAGGACCUCGUCGCACCGCAGCACCUCCAACGGGGCCGCCGCCUCGUCGCAGCAACGCGACGAUGCUUCACAGUCGCGUCGCCGAGCAAAAGACAGCCCCCGGCAGCAAGGAAGCUCUGCCAGGUCCCAGCCCGCUCAUAGCCGCUCCGCAACGGCAAUUGGCCAGCCGCCCGUCAACACAAGUCUGCCUCGCGAGGAGAGUGCCGUCAUAAACCGCAUCGUCGUCUCAGACACGCAAGAAGACAUUGCCCGCGCACAGGCCCGCCAGGGCGACGGCCCCCACGUCACUUCACCUGCCGACCUCACCCCCAUAACCGGUCUGAGUCUGGUCGGCAGCGAGGGUGUCGACGACGGCGGUCGUGGAGCCGGCGGCAAAAGCCGGCAGGACCACUCCAAGUCGGAAAACGCGAAGCGGUCCAAGUUUGGCAACUACAUUCUCGGUCAGACGCUCGGCGAGGGUGAGUUUGGCAAGGUCAAGAUGGGAUGGAAGCGAGACAGCCCCAUCGAGGUUGCCAUUAAGCUCAUACGGCGCGAAACCCUGGGCAGCAACUCCAACCGACUGCAGAAGAUUUACCGCGAAAUCCACAUUCUCAGAGGCCUCGACCACCCCAACAUUGUCCGCCUUCACGAGAUGGUCGAGACUGAGCGCCAUAUUGGCAUUAUCCUAGAAUAUGCGUCAGGCGGAGAAUUAUUCGACUACAUUCUAAACCAUCGUUACCUCAAGGAUGGCCCGGCACGGAAGCUCUUCUCCCAGCUCAUCUCCGGUGUCGGCUACCUACACCGCAAGGGCAUUGUCCACCGAGAUCUCAAGCUCGAGAACCUUUUACUUGACCGCAACAAGAACAUCAUCAUCACCGACUUUGGUUUCGCAAACACCUUCGAUCCCAACGAUGAACUUAGCGAGGAGAUUGAGUACAGGCUUGGGGAUAAGGACUUUAUGAAGUCACUGGGCUUGGAUGGCAGCGACGCAUCACGACGCGGUGAUCUCAUGCAGACCAGCUGCGGAAGUCCCUGUUACGCAGCGCCAGAACUCGUCGUCAGCGACUCUCUCUACACCGGCCGCAAGGUGGAUGUAUGGAGUUGUGGUGUCAUUCUGUAUGCCAUGUUGGCUGGCUACCUUCCCUUCGACGACGACCCAGCGAACCCCGAGGGUGACAACAUCAAUCUGCUCUACAAGUACAUUGUAUCCACUCCAUUGACAUUUCCCGAAUACGUAACACCCCACGCAAGGGAUCUCCUCAAGCGCAUUCUUGUACCCGACCCACGCAAACGAGCAGAUCUGUUCGAAGUCGCGCGUCAUAGCUGGUUAGCCGACUAUGCCCAUGUGGUCGGCUUCAUUACCUCGAGCAACACUCCUGCCGCCGAGGCCCAACAAGCAUCUGUCUACUCAAAAGACACAUUCGAACCACAGCCCGCCCUCGCGAGAAGCGCUUCCGUUCGCGAACCAGCAAAAUCACACGCUACCUCCUCGUCCGCCCACGGUGGACUCCAGACAAAACGCGAUGCGAUCAACCAGCCCGCCGACAAACCCAAAGCCACUCGCGAUACCAAGCGGCGAACCGUCCAAGUCGAAUACGUUGCGCCGUCUUCGCAAACUGCACGCGGCGAGGCCUCUCCUCCUGCGGAAGCAGUGCCCAAGCCACGCGGAAAAGAAACCGAGGUACCGCCCACAGAUGGAUACCAGUCGGCCACAGGCGCUAGGCCUUCUCGCUCGUCAGGCGCUGUCCAAACGUCAAGCCGGAAGCAAGAACCUCAGCGAUCCGUGUCAGAUUAUACGGCGUUUGGAAACGCGCCCACGUCUGCUACUCGUCCGUCUACAAGUGGUGCUCUCGGCGCUUCAAGGCUGCCCUCGCGUGGAAACUCGUACGGACAGCCAUCUGUUGCGACUGUGGCUCAGACAAAUGCCGAAGGUCGCUUCUCGCAACCCAAGGGCAAGCAAUACUCGAUAUCCACACCUUAUUCACAGCCACAGCACGAUGCUUCGGAAGCUGCAGAGGCGCCCAACAUUGGCCAGCCAAGCGCGCAACGAACACAGUCGGUGCAAAUGGGACCACAUGGCGCAAAGGGCACACACAGGCGUUCCAACACUGUGACCGAGACUCUUGGACGUAUGACGUCCAUGUUCUCUGGUCGCCAGAAUUCAUACACUCAGGACCCCAAAGCGUCUCUGACAUCUCAAGGUUCCUAUGGUUACCCUGACGAUAGGAAGCAAAAGAGCUAUCCCCCAACAUCCAUGGCAGGGCCCAUUUCUAAUGACAACAUCAGUGCAAUUACAGGUACAACCACAAACGCCAGGCCGAGCAUGGAGUCGAGUCGUCGUACCUCUUUUGGCUUUUCCAGGAAGAACAACAGCAGCAGCAGCAAUAACAACGCGAACAAUGGCGACAACCCGAAACCGUCCCGACGCUUCUCUCUCAUCCCGUCGUCCUUGUCCAGGACCUUUACGUCUCAGCGAGAGAGUGUACCCUCACAAUCCUCGCACGAGCGCCGCCCCUCGAGCUCUCGCCCUCGUGCUAGCUCGCGCCCAGGAGGCAUGGGCUUUGGUCGUGGCGGUUUGUCCAGGUCUCCUAGUCAGAGUACUCAGGGAAGUAACAUGCCCGGCUUUUACGAUGGCCACCAGGACAGGAGGAACCCGCAUCUAAAUGCAGCUGGUCCAUCAUCUGCACCACCAAACCAGACACAUUUCAACGGCUACAACCAGUCGGCUCCCGAGUUUGACGAGAAGUUUCCCAACCCCCAGGAGGCCCAUCCAGCUGCAAAGGUCAAUCGUCCAUACCAGCAACCUGGCGAUGAUUCAGAUGGUAGCGAAACCAACGGCCGUGGUCGCAUGUCAACAUCGCAGCAAUUUAGCCAAAGGAACACAUCCAAUCCUUACCCUGCAGGAAUGGGAGGAGACGAAGUCAGCCAGCAACAGCAGAGAAAGGGCGUGCUACAAAAGAGCAGACGCUUUGCUGAUGCUUACGACGAGCAAGGCUCUGCGAACAAGGGAAGCUCUGGCAGCUCUAAGAAGGUUAUGGAUUUCUUUAGGCGCAUGGGCAAGCAGAGGACGAGUAGCCGUUGA